AUGCUCGAGGAUCCCACGUACAAUUCGGUAGUACGAUGGAACGCCGAGGGUGAUAGCUUUGUGGUUUUAGAGAACGAAAAAUUUACCAAGACCAUCCUCCCGAAACACUUUAAACACAGCAACUUCGCAAGCUUCGUCCGCCAAUUAAACAAGUAUGACUUCCAUAAAGUCAGGCAUAACGAGGAGAGCGGCGAACCGCCCUACGGGCGGGAUGCAUGGGAGUUCCGGCAUCCUGAAUUCAGGGCCGACGGGAAGGACAAUCUGGAUAACAUUCGGAGGAAGGCACCGGCCCAAAGGAAAGCCCCAUCGGCCGAUGAUGCAUUCCCAGCAUCGCAGCAGAUCGUCGUCUUGAGCGAGUCGCUCACGGCAACCCAACAUCAGAUACAGGCGCUACAAGAACAGUACUUUGAACUCGAAAAGACAAAUAGGCUGCUUGUUAGCGAGGUGUUGAGUUUGCAAAAGAUGGUUAGGGCCCAGAGCCAGGCAUCGAACGAGCUGAUCACGCAUCUGAACAACGUGGAGGACCGCCGACGGAACAGCCGGCAUUCGGCCCAGUCUAGCCACUCGGGCCAGGCAGGUCAGAACUUCCAUGCAGGGGCGAUGAGUUUCUUGCCGGAUGGGGCGGACGAGCCGGCACCCGAGUUGCGGCGAGCCAGGGAAAUUCUCAACGGCGUGUCCCCGGACGUCCAAGCGGACAAAGAGCUCGAGAGGCUGUCUAUGACAUACAACCAAAACGGAUCGCCGGCCGAUUCGGCUGGCUCCUCUGUCAUGUUCGGUCCCCCUGGCCCAGGUAUCCCGAUGGUCGAUCCCUUAAACGACCCUCGGCACAUGGUGUACCCGGUGGGACAGACGACGGGCAUCGAUCCCUUUCAUGCGGAUCACAUCAAUAAUAUUCCAUACAGCCGACCCCUCAGCAACCCCAACAUGCAGGUGGAGGCUCCGUCACAAACCACCCCGCCGCUCAAGGAGAACAUGUGGCACGGCAAGAAGCCGCAUAUUCUACUCGUCGAGGAUGAUAAAACGUGUGCAAGGAUAGGGUCCAAGUUUCUAACCAGUAUGGGCUGUACCGUCGACACUGCCGGCGAUGGUCUUUCCGCUAUCCAGAGCGUCAACCAGAGCGCGGAGCGCUUUGACUUGAUCUUUAUGGACAUUAUCAUGCCCCGGAUGGACGGCGUGUCGGCCACGGCCAUGAUUCGGAUGGUCGUGCCGCAGGUUCCCAUGGUGGCCAUGACGUCGAAUAUCCGGCAGGAAGACAUCGCGACGUACUUCCAGUUCGGUAUGAACGACGUUCUAGCCAAACCGUUCACCCGCGAGGGCAUGGCUCGCAUUCUCCGAAAGCAUCUUCCUAGCAUGCUCAAAGACCCGCAAUCCGCCGGUGGCGUCGUCGGUGGCGAUGACCUCAGCCAAACCGUCGCCGGUGGACACGGCCCUCCCCACCAGGGCGGCUUCGGCCCCGCCGCGAUGGGGGGGAUGCCCCAGGUCAAAUUUGAAAAUACUCCUCUCCAAUCGCCAUCCACCGUCUCGUCCUGGCACUCCCCGAGCCAGAUGCACCAGAACGCACCGAACCUUGACGGCACCCCCGGCGGCUACAUGAACGCCGUCGGCAGCGGACCCGGCGGUAUGGUGCUCACCCCGGGCGGCUCACAGCGUCCACCCUCCCAAACACAGCAUCACCCGCACCACCAGCUCCCUCACCAGCAGGGUGGUUAUCCCGGGUACAUAAUGCCACAGCAAGUCGCUGGCCCGCAAGCAGCCCAGGCGGCACAGGCGCAGGUGGUGCAGACAGCACAAGCCCAAGCGGCGCAGGCAGCUCAUGCCCAGGCCCAGGCCCAAGCCAUGCGUGGAAUGGCGGAGAACGCGCGCAUGGCGGGCAUGCAGGUCGCCGGUAGCGCCACUGAGGAACGGCCCGAGAAGAGGCAGCGGCUAUACGGGCCCGUGGCGGGGCAAGGCGCCGGUGGUGGAUAUGGGCAACAAUAA